AAAAAAAUAAUAAAAAGGAAAGAAAAACGACUUCUUCACAGCCGGCGAACGCUCCACUUUUUUCCUACGCUUCUCUGUCACCUGUGUUCAGCCGCCAAACACCCCAGCCGUGGCAGCGUUUUCACCGCCGGCGACCACGGACAGCCGUAGAAUAGGCGGCGGCAGGUCGUGACCACGCGAACCUCCAGCCAGCGAUCAGACGCACGAACUUCUUCGGGCAGAGGCGGCACGCAGAUUUGCAACCCACACUCUGAGCGAUCUCAGAUUUUAUUAUCCAUAGUUCAUAGAGAUCAAAUCUGUGAGAUUGAGCCUAUUCGAGCUUAAUAUCUGGAAAUUUCCCUUCUUGUCUAGGAAUCAUUUGUUUUGAACAUUCGGAGCGCUUCUUCUGUUAGAAACCAUCAUUUUCUUGUCCGACAUGGUUGCGGUUACUAUUACACCAUCUUCUGCAUCUUUUUGUCUGCCCAAACGUUUGCUGUUCUCUAAAACAUCAAAGGUCACCUGUAGAACUGGCCUAUCUGCACCCUCAGAUAUUCGCUUAGCAGCCAAGAAUCCAAAAAGAUUUGUCUUGAAUGCCUCAAUUUCAGUCAAUGAGUCAACUUCAAGGACUUCAAGUUUGAACAAGACCCAGAAUCCAAUAAUUUUCAUUGACAACUAUGAUAGCUUCACCUACAAUCUUUGUCAGUAUGUGGGAGAGCUGGGAUGUCAUUUUGAGGUCUAUCGAAAUGAUGAUUUGACUGUGGAUGAGUUACGAAGGAAAAACCCACGAGGAAUUCUAAUAUCCCCUGGGCCAGGUGCACCUCAGGAUUCCGGGAUCUCGUUGCAAACUGUUUUGGAACUUGGACCUACCGUUCCUCUAUUUGGCGUAUGCAUGGGUUUGCAGUGCAUUGGAGAGGCUUUUGGAGGGAAAAUUGUGCGUUCCCCUUAUGGUGUUGUUCAUGGAAAAAGUUCUCCUGUUUACUAUGAUGAGAAGGGUGAAGAAGGGCUUUUAUCUGGGUUAUCAAAUCCUUUCACUGCUGGUCGAUAUCAUAGCCUGGUCAUUGACAAGGAAACUUUUCCCUCUGAUGAACUGGAAGUUACAGCAUGGACCGAAGAUGGAUUGAUAAUGGCCGCUCGCCACAAGAAAUACAGACAUUUACAGGGAGUUCAGUUUCACCCCGAAAGUAUUAUAACGAACGAGGGAAUGUCGAUCGUUCGCAACUUCGUAAAAUUGAUAGAGAAGAGGGAGAGGGAGGUUGAGCUUCAUUCAUAAGCCUCAAUUUCUCAGCUUGAGACUGCCUACAGUUUACACCUUACUAAAUCCAUUUUCACUUCAAAUCAGAAGCCUUUUUCCCCCCAAGUAAUCACUAUUCUGUUAUAUUGUAUUUCAACAUGUUAUUUUGUGUUCACCUCAACCUAUAAGUGGCUGAUAUGACCUUAAGCUCAUUUGAACUAGUUGUUUACUCAACUCUCCUAUAAAGCCAUAGCUUUGAGUUUUCAGUUUCUUCCAUUGUAAAACCCUAAAAUAAUAAACCUCUUCUCUUGUAUUGAAAGUUGUAUUACAGUAUUGACUCGUCUGGAUCGUA